CAAUCACACCGAACAGGAAGUGAUCGUGUCGCGUGCACAGGUGACCCGGAUGUGGCGCAGGUUGUGUUGACAUCAGAGCGGCGGCGAUCAUCAUCAGAUCAUGUUCAUAUUUCUGAGUUUCUUGUGAAUCGAAGCGGCGCGUCAGUCGGUGUGCGGGCGUCAGGUGGAGCGUCUUCUCUUCCAUCUCGAUGUCUGGCGCCUGAGAUCCGGGCCGCAGUCGUGUUGUUGUUCUGUCGUCCUGCUGAUCGACCGUCGUCAUGGCGACUAAAGUAGGAGACGACCCGGAGAGCCUGAUGUCUCUGUGCACCGUCUUCUGCCUGAAGAACCUGCGGAGAACCAUGUGCUACAGCGGAGAGCGGAACCGGCUCUGCCUGCGUCCGGACGUCUUCCUGCCCAGCGAGAUCUGCGACAGGCUGGUGAACGUGUACAUGGAUCUGGUGCACACUGACAGCGACUUUGAGCCGCAGGACGGCUUCUUCCAGCUCUUCAGUGACCCGCGCAGCACCAGAAUCACCCGCCUGCAGCUGAGGGAGGAUUUGGUCCGGGACCGAGACCUGGAGGCCGUCGGGAAACAGGAUCUGAUCGAGCUCCAUCUGACCUACUGUAACCAUCUGACGGCGCGCGGCCUGCGGACGCUCUCCAACUUCAGACACUCGCUGCUGUCGCUCAGUCUGUUCGGCUGCUCCAACAUCUUCUUCAAGAAGGUCGGUGGGCCGCUGGCGUAUGGCGAGGAGGACGACGAUCUGGAGGAGGGUCUGCGCCCGCACACGGUGGACCAGAACUUCAGCUUCCAGGGCUUCAACCGUCUGCGUCUGCUGAAUCUGGGCGGCCUGACGCCGGAGGUGGACGUGGAGGCGCUGCUGAGGCCGCUGCCGUCGCUGAGCUCUCUGGACCUGUCGGGCGUCCAUCUGCCCCGGCCGGCGUUCCUCACGCAGUGGAAGGAGCGUCUGGCGUCUCUGGUGCUGUAUAACGUGGAGCUGACGGAGGAACUGAUCCACACGCUGCUGCAGAUGAGCCGACUGAGACACCUGGAUAUCUCACGAGAGAACCAGAGGACGUCUAAAUUCAAGAUGACGAGGAAGAUCUUGAGCAGCAUCGCUCAGGGUUUGGUCAAUCUGGUGUCUCUGGACAUCUCUGGACACAUCAUGCUGGAUAACUGCACAGUGCCGGCGUUUGAGGACGCCAUGGGCCGGCCGAGCAUCGAGCCGUGUAAGAGCAGCAUCUACCCGUUCCAGGAGCUGAAGAGGCCGCUGCAGUUCUUGGGCCUGUACAACACCACGCUCUGCACCGUCACACACAUACCGGCGUACAAGGUCACCGGCUCCAAGAACGAGGAUCAGAUUCUGAACGCUAUCGAGGCGUACACCGAGCAACGGCCCGAACUCGCCCAUCGAGCCAUUAACCAGCUGUUUGACAUCGCCAGAAUUCAGCACUGCAGUCAACUGCUGCGAGCACUGCAGCUGGUGAUCACAGCGCUGAAGACUCAUAAAUAUGACAAGAGCAUUCAGGUGACGGGCAGCGCCGCUCUGUUUUACCUCACCAACACGGAGUACCGCAGUGACCAGAGUGUGCGUCUGCGCAGACAGGUCAUACAGGUGGUGCUCAACGGCAUGGAGCAGUACCAGGAGGUCACGGUUCAGAGGAACUGCUGCCUGACGCUGUGUAACUUCAGUAUUCCGGAGGAGCUGGAGUUUCAGUAUCACAGAGUCAAUCUGCUGCUGCUGAAGAUCCUGGAGCCGGCGCGUCAGGACGAGUCCAUCCAGCGCAUCGCCGUCCACCUGUGCAACGCUCUCGUCUGUCAGGUCGACAACGACCACAAAGAAGCCGUCGGCAAGAUGGGAUUCGUCAAGACGAUGCUGAAUCUGAUCCAGAAGAAGCUGCAGGACAGAAUGUGUGAUCAGGUGAUGGAGUUCUCCUGGAGCGCGCUGUGGAACAUCACCGACGAGACGCCGGAUAACUGCCAGAUGUUUCUGGAGUGUAACGGCAUGAACCUCUUCCUGGAGUGUCUGAAGGAGUUUCCUGAUAAACAGGAACUGCACCGAAACAUGCUGGGGCUGCUGGGUAACGUGGCCGAGGUGAAAGCGCUGAGACCGCAGCUGCUGACGAAGCAGUUCAUCAGCGUCUUCAGUGAGCUGCUGGACAGUAAGGCGGACGGCAUCGAGGUGUCCUAUAACGCCUGCGGAGUUCUGUCGCACAUCAUGUUUGACGGGCCCGAUGCCUGGGACAUGGAGGAGCCCAAGAGGUCACAUGUCAUGGACAAAAUGUGGGCGGCCAUCCGAAGCUGGGACGUUAGCUCGCGACGCAACAUCAACUACAGGUCGUUUGAGCCCAUCCUGCGUCUUCUCCCUCAGAGCGGCGCUCCGGUCAGUCAGCAUUGGGCCACAUGGGCGCUUUAUAACCUGGUGUCAGUUUACCCGAGUAAAUACUGCCCUCUGCUGAUAAAGGAGGGAGGAAUCAUUCUGCUGCAGAAAGUUCUAGAGCUGGAAUCUUCUCACCAAGAGACCAAGGACAUGGCGCGGAAAGUGAUGGAUCAGUGUGAGAACUUCAAGGAGGAUCCCAUGGACACCAGCAGGUAAAGGUGCAGCGGACUUCAUCUGAUAAUGAUGAUGAUGAUGAUCCUCACUGGCACUGACGGCACGGAUCAGGACGAGGACGUCACGCUGCUCUCCUACAACACACGUCUGUCACACUACAGUGAGGUCACGAGUGCGUGCGUGUGUGUGUGUGUCGGGCUUGUUUCUGUGUUGCACAUGGACAGCAGUGACAGCUGCGUCAUUCUAGGGGUGUUUUCUUUCUGUUUUUAUUUGUGCCCGAGUGAAUGUGUGUGUGUGUGUGUGUGUGUGUGUGUGUGAGGACGAUCUGCUCGUGUCCUUGUCAGGAUCAACCAUGAUUAUUUGUCUGGCGUCUUCAGAGAGACGGACCCGUGCGUUUCUCUGCCGCAUAAGCUUCUCUCUGUGAUCAUCAAGCCCGGGAUCGAUCAGAAAGCGCCGUCGAGCCGCUCGGUUCCUCUCCUCGUGUCGGGAAGAAAGUUCUCUGGGUUUGUUCCGUCUGGAUGUUUUUUAUUGAAACUAUUAAAAGACUCCCGGUUGGAAAUCUCACACACGUUCUCAGAAUUCAAUCACACAUCUAUCAUUAAAGCGAUUAUCUUUUGGGGAAGUUCAUCGUUUUUUUGUUUCUUCUGUUGUAUUUUUAAUCAUAAUCACUUUUUAUUUGCAAUCUCAUUAUGAAGCUGAUCGAUUCGCAGUCGGAGUCAGCGUUUGCGUGUGUUUAUCUCCAGGAACGAUGAUGGUUUAUCAGACGUGCUUUUAUCUGUGCUGUUAAAUUGUUUUUCUACACGGUUUUGAACUGCAAUAAAACCAUGAUGUACUGAAGUAAGAUGUCCACACAACACUGGGUGUAAAGAGAGAUUAAUAAUAAUAAUAAUAAUAAUAGUUGUCAAACACUCUGUUACA